AUGGCCGCUCAGACGGCCACAUUCUGUAUGUUAACGACGAACACAUCUGUUAUUUCUCCUCUAAUCCCACAUUCUCAGCACUCUCUUUUCUCAUCUUUCGUUCCCGUAAUUCCAAGAAAAUUAAUUUGCUCAUCUCCGUUUCAAUUGAAUAUCAAGAGCAUUUCCACGAGAAUUAAUAGUUCAAAAGCUACUGAAUCCGAACCUGAAGCUGAACGCAAGAUGGGUGUUGCAGUUUACAAGCCCAGAUCAUAUGAAGUUCUUGUAUCAGAUGCUGCCACUUCUCUUUUCUAUGCUCUCAAGGACGGAAAAAUCCGCCUCGAAAUCGAUUUCCCUCCGCUGCCUAGCAAUAUCUCUUCUUACAAGGGAUCGUCUGAUGAUUUUAGUGAUGCUAACAUUCAACUUGUCUUGGCGGUGGUUAGAAAGCUAAAAGAGAAGCAGGAAACCAGGGCUUGCAUAGUAUUUCCCGAUAAGCCAGAAAAGCGCAGGGCCUCAGAUCUUUUUAAAUCAGCUCUUGACUCGAUUGAUGGUAUAACUGUUGGAUCCUUGGAUGAUGUUCCCAGUGGUCCAGUCACAACAUUCUUCAAAUCCAUAAGAGAUACUUUGGAUUUUGAUUUUGAGGAUGAAAAUGAAGGUCGUUGGCAAUCUGACAUGCCACCAUCACUCUAUAUAUUCAUCAAUUGCAGCACUCGUGAUCUGUCUAGUGUAGAGAAGUAUGUGGAAAAUUUUGCAUCUUCCACCCCUAGUCUUCUCUUUAACUUGGAACUUGAUACACUACGCGCUGAUCUGGGUCUUUUAGGGUUCCCACCCAAAGAUAUACACUUUCGUUUUCUUUCACAAUUUAUUCCGGUUUUUUACAUACGAACAAGAGAUUACUCAAAGACAGUUGCAGUGGCACCUUAUCUGGUGAAUUACAGCGGAGCAUUAUUUCGUCAAUACCCGGGGCCUUGGCAGGUGAUGUUAAAGCAAACAGAUGGUUCUUAUGCUUGUGUAGCGGAGAGCACAACUCGUUUCACUCUGGGUGAAACUAAAGAAGAACUAUUGAGGGUCCUAGGAUUGCAGGAGGAACAAGGAAGCUCACUCGAGUUCCUUCGAAGGGGUUACAAGACGGCCACUUGGUGGGAAGAAGAUGUCGAUACAGAGCUAUCUUCCGCAUGGCGUAGUUGA